AUGAGCUCUUCCAUGUUGUUUCAGAUGGAACUUGACAUAGCGUUCUUAGCAAAUGUUACUGGAGAUUGUACCAUUUCUGUACACUUUCAAGAAGCGGCUCAAGCAAGAAAACAAGCCAUGAAUUCUGUUUUUUGGAAUGCAGAGAUGGGGCAAUGGUUUGAUUAUUGGCUUAGCAAUGGAACUACAUGCAAGGGUCACACAUGGGAGGCCUCAAACCAGAAUCGGAAUAUAUUUGCCUCAAACUUCGUUCCUCUGUGGAUUGAGUUGUUUAACUCAGAUUGCACAUUGGUGGAUUUUGCAACCAGGAUUCUCAAAUUAGCUGGUGUUGAACUUGUUGAACUUGCCAAACUUAUAGUAGUUCUAUUCCUAUUUUGCCGAUCUCUUUGA